AUGGAAUUUCCUGUUAUAAGUGGCUACAUGGAGAACACUGGUGUUCAUACUGGUGCAAGACAGACUUACUUUCUCAAGAAGAAAAAGUCGAUUCUUCUACUAAGCCUGAUAGUGGUGGCUUCACUAUUUGCAGCAGUGUUUCACUAUACCCUUGAAGCACCUCCACUGUUCCUUCAGCUUUAUUUUGGCCAGGCUGAAGGUUUAAACAACCGAAGAAUUUUCAGCGACUUAAGGAUUCAGCAGUCCCAAUUUCUUCCAGGCUACAUUAGUGUAACAACACAACAGCCGCUGCGACUGAACUGUAAUACCUGCAGCAUUGUCUCCAGCUCUGGACAGAUGCUUGGACAAAAGAUGGGCCAAGAUAUUGACCAAUCCACGUGUGUCUGGAGAAUGAACAAUGCACCCUCAAAGGGAUUCGAGACAGAUGUUGGGACAAGAACUACUGUCAGAGUGGUGUCCCACACAAGUGUUCCACUUCUCUUUCAGAAGCAGCAGUAUUUCUUUGGGGAAGCAAAUGACACUGUCUAUGUUAUCUGGGGGCCUUAUCGAAACAUGCGUCAAGACGGGAAAGGAAUCAUUUACAAUAUGUUGUGGGAAAUUGUGAAGAGUUACCCUCACGCAAAGAUCUACGUGACAACCGAGGAUCGCAUGAACCACUGUGAUAGGAUAUUCAAACGGGAAACUGGGAAAGACAGAGUACAGUCUGGUUCAUACCUGAGUACUGGCUGGUUCACGCUUGUCCUUGCUAUGGAUGUCUGUCAUAAAAUCCAUAUCUAUGGUAUGAUUAAUGCCACCCACUGCAGUCUCCACAGAACUGAAGGAUACAAAAGAGUUCCUUAUCAUUACUAUGAAGCUGGAAGUCGAGAUGAAUGUACAGAAUAUUUCCUGCAUGAAAAUGCCCCUUAUGGAGGUCACAGGUUCAUUACUGAAAAAUCGGUCUUUGCAAAAUGGGCCAAGCAACACAACAUGACAUUCUCACACCCAAUGUGGUCACUCUCAUGACACAGAUUAGAAUUGCAUAAGAAAA